AUGGAUGUGCUAUCACAUGAUGACUUCGUCCAUGACUUGUCACCCUUUGGGCGAUCUGAUAUGCUCGCAGAAAACCCCUCCCCAAACUCCCGACACAACCCGCAGUCCUCUUCUUCUCCAAUCUACAGACACCGCUGCUCCGACACGGGCGCAUGGACGCUGGAGCUCCCCUGCUCAGCUUCACUGCGCUGUCCCCUGCUCUCCCGCGCGUCCUCCUCCGCCGCCGCGGCUGCCUACGCCGUCGCUCCCUCCGACCUCGCGCAGCUCCCCUGCCCCCCUUGCCUGCCUCCUAAAUCUCCCCUCUUUCACCCCCAAAAUCGCUUCUUCUUCCUCCCGCUGCGUCUCCUGCUUGCGCGCGACGGCGACACGUCCUCCGCGUUGCCCCCGGCCCCGGAGGAGGCACGGGGAAAGCAGCAGUGGCUCGCGCUGUGCUUGCGCCACCUCAGGUGCGCAUGGGCCUAUGCGCCGGUCGCCGCCUCGGCCAUGCGCCAGUCGCAAAGGAGGAGGAAGGGGAUUCCGUUCGCCGCCUCGGCCGUGCUCCUCGAGUCCCUGCUCUUUGGGCCCCUCCUCACCUCCCUCAUCAAGAAGCAGAACAACAUGGCGAAGAUGCUGCAGUGCACUGUGAUCCCGACCUGCCGCAGGGUUCUUCCCGGAGUACCCUCUCUCUGUACAAGCAAAAGCAGCUGAGUAACAACACAUGGCAGGGACAACUAUGACAGAUAAAUGAGGAGGAAGCAAGCAAGUUCUGCGAAGGUAAUCUUGUAGAGAAUAGGAAGAAGCAAGCAAGUUAUUCUUUCGGUUUUGGCCUCGGGCUAAUGAUUGUGUGGAUGUAAGGAUGUUUCUCUAAUCAGCGAUUA